UACAACCACCCUACCAGCUCACGCACGCGUUUGACCGUAAUUUGUUCGCAUUUAUUGCCAUCACCAUCUCCCCACAAUUGCCUGUAAACUUCUCGCCCUUUUCCUUUCUUUCUCGCUUUUGUAAUGACUCUCUUCUCCUUUCGAACGCCAUCAAAUAUCUGUACACCUUCUUCUUCGCCCUUCGCUUCCAACAAAAUUUACCCAUCUCUCAUUCUUUCUCAUAUUCCCCCUGUUUUUUGGGUUGUUCAAUCAAUAACCAAUCAUGCCUUGGCCGUGGAAGAAGGCCAAAGUUUCAAGAAUUUCUCGUAUUGUUGCGGAUCUCCAGCCACCCAAACCCAAUUCACUUGUUGUCGAGACCGGAUUCCCUACUUCUCUUGUUGAUCUUUUCGUCAAGAACCAUGAACGAUUAAAGAAACCCAUCAAAAAGAGGAAGCAGCAGCAGCAGCAGCAACAGCAACGACACCAUAGUCAUCGGCAGCAACAGUUUAUUCAGCCGCGCGUGGUUGAGGAGGUUGCAAUCUCCGAUCCCGUACGCUUCUCGAACUAUAGAGAAUUGACUGUGGAGCCUGUUAAUAUCGAUAAAAAGUGUGAAAGCCCGGAGAAUGUGGAGCGUCAACAUAAAAAUUUUGAUAGAUGUGAAGUUUUAGCGGGCGAAGAUCGAUUUCUUGAUUCUAAUCAGGGUCUUAAGGGGUGUGCUGUUGUUGUUGAUGAUGGUAAUCCUGGCUCGAAUACACAAGAGAAACGCUUGUUAUUUUCAGUUUUGAAGAUGUUUGUUGUGUUGGCUUUGGCUUUGAGCACGACAAGAAUUGCUGUUGGGAUAACAAUGUCCGCUUUUAUUCUCUUAUUUCUUGAACAUGUCGGGCAACGUCCCUUUUGUUUGUUGAAAACAUGCUUAUUGCCCUUUCCACGUUUAAUCCGAAGAGUGUUUUCAUUGUUUCCACUUAGGAGAGAUUCCAAGAAAGGAUUGAUCAAUGUAGAGGAAGAUGAUAGUGCUUCUGAUGCCUUUGAUUUGGUUGAGAGUCUUGAAUCCAACACUCCUGUCAAGGAAAUUCAAGUUGUGGAUCCAACAGUUAAUAUGGCUGGACGAGUUGAAGCAAAUGAGAGAACAGAAAGUCAAACUAUUUAUGAUUUUUUGAAUUAUGAUAAGAGAUGGGAUAGUGUGGCUGGAGAUGUGGUGGCAGAGGACUCUGAAGGUGGAGUUUUGAUUUGUGCAGAAGAGCAUAGACGGAGUAAUGAUAAAAUCAGAAGAAAAUUCAUCAAGAAACUGGUGCCAAAGAAAUUGCGUACUGUAAAGAAAGGGAAAGAGGGGAAGGAGAGGGAAGCAAAUUUCAUCAGUGAUCAGUCUAGUUGCUGGGGAGAGGAUAAAUUAUGGAGGGGUGAAGACACAGAAGGGCAAUGUAAUUUUGAUCUACAAGAUUUAGGUUGCGAAGGCAAAUUAACGCUAUGGCAGUUGAUGGAAGAAGAAAAAGAAGAAAGAGAAAGAUUAAGAACAGGAGGAAAGGAAGAAUUUGAGCAUAGAAGUUCUAUAUCUACUCAGGCAUUGCAGACUGAACUUAGAAGUUCUACUUCUACUCAGGCAUUGCAGACUGAACUUAGAAGUUCUACUUCUACUCAGACAUUGCACACUAAGCCAGGGAUGAUUGUGGUGGAGGAAAGGGUGGAUAUUGAAAAGGGAGGCAAUUCAGGUUAUCCGAUCCUCUUUCUUAUCGUUCUUGCUGGACUUGUCGGGGGUCGAGUGCUAGCCCUUGUUAUUACAGUUGCAUCAUUUUCCAUGCUAAAGUUGGUCUGGAGACGUAGGAAAUGCAAAAAAUAAGCCUGCAAAUGUUUCCCCUGCAUCAGAAUCAAGCUAGGAUUUGUUCAGAGAGGAUAUUUCUUUCUUCUUUUUUGAGUGUUGUUGUGGUAUUUGCUACUGCAUACGGGAGGGUUGUUCUCCAUGCGGUAAUUGUAUGGAAUUCCAAUCGUCUUGUUGGCAUUCCAAACCUGAAGGGUUAUAUCCUGAAAUGUAAAUUUUACACAUAUUCACAAAUUAUAAGUACUUCACUGAUCGACUUAGCGAAUCAA